AUCUGCGCUGCUCUCAACCAGACACAACGGCUUCCCCGUCUUUGCGGUCCUCUACGAGACACGGCCUUCAAAAAUGAUGUUUCGAAGUGUCUCCCUGUUUAUCCUGCUGGUCGCCGCCUUCUGUCACGCGGAGGAGGUGAAGAGCAAGUCUAAGGUGUGCGCCAACGUGUUCUGCGGGGCGGGGAGAGAGUGUGCGGUGACAGAGAAAGGAGAGCCCACCUGCCUGUGCAUUGAGCAAUGCAAGCCGCACAAGCGCUCGGUGUGUGGCAGCAACGGCAAGACUUACCGCAACCACUGCGAGCUACACCGUGACGCCUGCCUCACUGGGCUCAAGAUCCAGGUGUCCCAUGACGGACACUGCACAGAGAAGAAAACUGACAAAGCAGUGGCUAGCCCAAUUGUGUGUUACCUGGGCGACCGCAAUGAGCUGCGAAGCCGCAUCAUUGAGUGGCUGCAGGCCGAGGUGGUCCCCGACGGUUGGUUCUCCAAGGGCUCCAACUUCUCCAACAUCCUGCUCAAGUACUUCAAGAGCUACGAUAAUGGAGACUCUCAGCUGGACUCUGCCGAGUUCCUCAAGUUCAUCCAGCACAACGAGACAGCCGUCAACAUCAGCUCCUUUGCUGACGAGGAGAGCAACCACCUGCUCAGGAGCCUAUGUGUAGAUGCACUCAUUGAGCUUUCGGAUGAGAAUGCUGACUGGAAGCUAAGCUUUGAUGAGUUCCUCAACUGCCUGAAGCCAGGGUUCAACCCACCAGAGAAGAAGUGCGCCCUGGAGGAUGAGACAUAUGAAGACGGUGCUGAGACCCAGGUGGAGUGCAACCGCUGCGUCUGUGCAUGUGGUAACUGGGUGUGCACAGCCAUGACCUGUGAAGGUGCUACAGGUAAGGAUAAGACCGUGGUGGAGGAGACUGACGGGACAGAUCAGGAGAUGACUGAGGAGGAGUGGACCCAGCGUGUGGCUGAGCUCAACAAAUACCAGGAGACAAUGGAGAAGAUGAAGACGAGCACUAAGGAGAUGUAGAGGAACCUGAAGACCAUGAAGAGAGAGGAAAAGCCCUUGCAUCACUCCUCCAUCAAUCGCUAUCAGGCUGAAGCUUGAAACUUUGUACUGUUGCUGAUAAAAACAUUAUCAUUAUUUUUUUUAUUAUUUGAUAUGACUAUUAAUUAUGAUUUUUAAAAAGUGUAUUAUGACAUUUUUGUUGCUGAUUGUUAGAAGGGGGUAGUUAUUUGUGUUCGAUGUUACCAUAUAAAGUGCUGUAAUCUGUUGGAUUGUAUUACUGCAGGCCCUCCUGGCAGUUUGAGUGGGGUUUUUUGCAUACUGUGUUUGUCCUCUUAAUAAAAGAAAAAAGUUUGGAGCCAUAAUGUAAACAAUAGCAAGAGAGCGCUAUCGUUAAAGAGAGACAGAGAGGUGGGGAGAGAGAGGGAGCGGUGCAGCGGAAAACCCAAUAAGGAGGAAGGAAGAGAGAAAGGGGUACAGUGCACGGUUUUGCAUGGGAUGGCUUGGCAUGGGCUGGUUUGGAGCAACCUCAUCUUCAAAGUACAGACAGCACUGCUCCAGUUCAGACUAGUGAUACCUGGCCAGGUUUCUCAUUACACCCCCUUGGUCUUACAGUCUGGCACUCCAAAAACCUGGUGAUUUUAUAAUGCUAAUUAAUCAUGCCAUAUCAAUUCAAAGAACAGCGUCGCCACACUGUUGCCAACAGUGUUUUUGCCCUCUUAUAAAUCACUUAAUGAUGUGAUAGAAAUUCUGGAACUUUUUAAGCUUUGCAGUCUGAUAUUGCCAGGUGAGGGCUGCGUCCGUAUGCAUCACAUUGAUAAAUUAAUAAACUUGCUUAUCCCAUAAGUUUGUCUGAGGGCUCAGAUUAGAUCAUAACUUUGACCCAUGCACUCAUGGUAAAUUACAAAACGUAGACUGAUAGCAGAUCCUGUCUUCAGUCCAACUUGGAGCUCUGACACAACGGGUUAAUUUGGUUGAAGUCCAGACUUAAAUUUGCAGUGGCUGUAAAAGUGAGUGCUUGGAAAAUGAUGACGCCUUGCACGUGUCUGGAGUUUCGGCCACCAAUGUAGUCCAACACUCAUGACAAACCACACACCCCUCUUCCCCUCCACAGUAACAGCAGUCAUGUGACAUUUUGCAAAGGUGCUAUGCUUCUAUGCUUUAGUCCCAUUUUCCUCAGCAUUCUUUUAACCUGUUUUAUUGUUACGGCUGUUAAUGAGCAGGAAAGCCCUGCUGUUCAGAAAAAAAAAUGUGUGGGGGGCUUCAUUCUUUCAUCUAAGCAAAUCCAUAGCACUACGAUAUAGUGAAGUACUAUUUGUGGAGAGUAUCCUUUGCUUCAUCUGUCUAAUAUAGCUUUAGGCCAUAUAAAUGCCCAGUAUUAGUUUAAAGCAUUAUAACGUGAUAGCAGUUUUUACAAUGCAUUUGCUUAAUAUGUGUGAUUGCUUAGUGACCAGUUGUAUUCACCUCAGCUGCUGAAAUGUGUGCAGUCAGGUCUUUUUGGUGCAGAACAGACACAUCAGCGAAGAGGAUCCCCCCAGGGAUAAUGUGCACACACUGCCCCCAGGGUUAAUGUGUACACAGGUUUUGUAUAUCUGGUGUGUCAAAGUCGCUAUGUCAAUAGUAGAUGUCUAAUGCAAGUUGACUUUCAGGUGGUGGGGGUGAGAUUAUUGUUGAAAUAAGGCAUACUCUCUGUGUUGAAGCCAAAGCCUGCUGUGAGAUUUUCAUCGAUGUAAAUGCAUCCAGGUAAAGCAUUACUCUGGACCCAGCAACUACUCUAUACCUUUUGCUUUCAAAGAUAUAAUCACUAUCAACUCUGUAGCUUAGGUGCAUUUUUAUAACUUUUUGGAAGAUCCCACUAAUGAUAUGGAUAUCAUGUGUGGUUAUCAGUGCCUUAAAACCCUUUAAAAACUUUAUCUGCAGAAUUAGAUCCCUCCUUGUCCUGCAGAAUUUGACUACAAUUGGAAACAGCACAAAGUAUAUUUGGCAGUAUUACCUUAAACUAUUUCAUUUUGUCUUUCUUUUUGUUCUGUUUUCCCAGUGUGUGUGUUUGUAUGUGCGUGAGUUUGUGUGUGUCCCUUCCUCAUUCCUGUCACACAGAAUGAAAACAUUUUGUGUUCUUGUAAAGGGCUAUUAUAACGUUUACUCACUCAUUUUAUUACAAUGAAAUGUCAUACCGGUAUUUGGGGUAUACAUGCCAAUAAAAAAUAUGACAGAUA